CCUAUAAUUAAAUUGAAGAUAGAGUAAAAUGAAGCUUACUUACAUUAAUGGUGCCAAAGGUGACACCUGAAGCAGUAUCAAUCUGGAGAGUUUCUCCUCAGAAUCAUCCAGGUCAACCCCUAUUUUGGAGGAAGCCCCAGUGCCUGCUCCUAAAGAAGUAAAAGGUAGCCCAGUUAAAGCAAAGAGAGAUUUCCUGAACCUGUCAUGAAACUUACUCUGCAAAUAUUCAGGGUCGGACAAUCCAGAGAGGGCAAAACCAAACUGAUUCAGCAGUGAGGGAAGGAGCCCAAAGCAGAAGUUAAACUGUAAGUCACUGCUCUUUCAGGAACCACUCUAUAUUAAUCCUGAUGUUUCCCUGGGUUUUCUUCAAAAGUCCUACUACAACAGGGUCUCUGCAGAAGCCUGAAUACGGUUCUUUCUUUGAUUCGGAAUCCAGGCUCUUUCAGCUCAAUUCUUUUUGGCCAGCCAACUAGAAUAAGCCAAGCUUUCAUGGGAUUGGGAUAGCUUCACAAUUUAUAUCUGUUUUGUUAUGAUAAGUUAUUAAGAUUAUGCUUUUUGAAACCUGGCCAUUGAUUGCAUAAAAUAACUUGUUAUAGACAAGAGGCAAGAGUCUCAUGCAAUUUAUUACACAUCAACCGAGAAGACUGAGCCAAGUACCUGCUCCAAUUCAGCCGUCAACCUGAGUAAGAUGUUUAACCAAUCGGGUGUAAUUGCAAAAAUUUCGUAUCUGAUUUAUUUUUAAAUCGAGAAUUCAUAGAUAGAUUCUCAAACUCAGCAAGUAGCAAGAGGUCUCUUAUGCACAGAUUUUAUAUGAAAGAGAAGAGCAAGCCAGGAACCAAAUCUUAUAUUCCUGGAGGGAACCGUGACAAGAACUUUUCGCAGGAUGACAUCCCUCAGGAUGUAUACCAAAGUCUUUAUGGGAAAAAGACUAUUGCAAGGGGUAUUCGAAAAACAAAUCUUAGAAAACUCAAAAAUAAGUCUAAUAUCAAGAAGACGAAGAAAGCAGACUUGGCCUUGUACAACAAGAUCAGCUCUGAUUUCACUGAAGCUUUGAAAAAUAUUUCUGAAGGGGCCAAACAAGGAGAGGGCACAGUCAACAGAGUCCAAUUUAUGGAAAUCCUCCUCCAUCUCGGAUAUCUUAGCACGAUAAAACACCCUCAAAAUAUCAAAGAAUUCGACGGCAAGGAAACAGGUGGACAAAUGGAUGAAACCAUUUCACUUUGAUGGAAAAUCUGGGAUAACUUGGAAGGAAACCUCCAAGAUUUUGUCAAAAUCCAAGAUCUUAAGAGCUACCUCUGUGCUAUUUCUAAUGUUAAUAUUCCUAAGAAACGGGGAUGUAAGAAGGUAAAGAGCCCAAAGCCCAAGAAAACUACCUCUGGGGAUUAUAGAAGUUGCAUCUCUACCAAUAUUAGUCCUGCCUGUAUGGAUAUGUUCAAAAGAAAAAUUGCAAAGGAAAAAUAUACCAAUAAAACCAAAUCUACAAGAAAAGGGUCAUUUCUGAGCAAAAAGAAGCUCAAGACUAUCCAGAAAGAGUUUAGUCAACUCUCGGAGAAUCGUAACAAAUUCCUUCUCCAAGUUAAUCAGACUCCUAUAUCUAAGAGACCUCUGUAUGUGGAUGAAUCUCUUGGAGUUGUUAACUAUACUAUCCAAGACUCUAGUUUGAGUCACGAGGGGAAUCCUGAAAAUAAGAUGAUCCAGAACAAGAUGUUGAAGAACAUUAAUGCUAGAAGAAGCAAAAUGGAACAUGAUUCUAAUAGAACAAGCCAUUGAAGGGAAUCUGUACCUUAUUCUCCCAAAAGCACUUAUUUGUUCACUCCUAAACAGAAAAAUAGGCUCUUCGAGUACUGCCAAAGAGAAGAAAUCAAAGAUAAAUCUGAACCUGAAAUUCAAGCUCAAACAGCCCCAGUUUCUCGUUCAAGUACUCUUUGCCCACAGAACAAAGAUGAUCUUCCGUUUGUAGUUUCUCCGGAGCCCACCUCGCUCAUGCUGGCAAAGACAACGUACAUGACUACUUCUAGUGAAGACUGAAAGAAGGAGGAAGAGGCCUCUUCUAGCCAAGGGGCUGAUACAGGCAAUUUAGAAGAGACAAAAGCUCUUAAGACUUGUAAUAGUGAGGCUGACCAGACCUCAACUUCUAUGGAUACCACCAGUGUUGUGUUAUUUAAGCCUUUCAGCUUGAAACUCAAUUCUGCUAGUCCUAAAAAUCAUUUAGAAAAACUCAAAAUGAGACAGAAGAAAGAGGAGCAACCUCAGGCUCUCAAUUUUGGAGCAGAGAAUUCAUGCCAUGAUCAAGAGGAACAUCUCAAUAAGCAACUUGAAGAAGAGAACUUUACGCACAUGGUCCAGAACUUACUACAUUCUUCUAGAGAUUACAACGAGAGCGAGGAUUCUGGAUCUGAACAAGAUAAUUCAUAUCUUGAAGAUUGAAUUGAGACCAAUAUUUUAGAAGUAAAUAAUGAGCAAGAUUUUGAGAAUGCGAGCAAAACGAUUACAGAAAACAACCUGUCAUUGGAAGACUCUUGAAAAGAUUCUGAAUCAUGAGUUGGAUUUACAAAAUCUCCAUAUCUUUACAUAGAUGUCACUAUUAACAAUAAGGAGAUACACUCGAUUCCUAUCUGUGAAGGAGACUGUCCUAUAAAGCUAACAAACGAAUUUGCAGAAAAGCAUUCUCUCCUUGAGUCAGCCAAGGAGAAAUUACUAAGCUUGAUCAAGAGCCAAAUCGUGACUGGCCUGAGUAAGAUAGAGGAAGUGGAGAAUGAAGCUACAGAUAAUUCCUCUGAGUGAUCAUACUCUUAA